AGUUGGUUCAAUGGUCGACCUCCACUUGUUUGACAAAUAAAACCCAGGAUGCUUGAUCCGAUUAUGUUGUACUACGCUAAAGGCCGGUUGAGCGGGUUCCCUGCCGACGGUGACGGUGUCGUUGACGUGGUAAUUAUGUACUAGCUUGGCAUAAUAUAAUAUGGUGGUUCAGUUUCAGCUGGUAAUAAAUGGUGAUGAUUGAAAUGGAUCCCUUGUCCCUCCGUCAGGUUCCGGCAGACAUGGUGGUGAACGCGACCCUCGCAGCGGUGGCGAAGCACGCUCAGGCCCUAGGUGCGGCACCGGAGAUGCACAUCUACCAUGUGGGAUCAUCGACGGCGAAGCCGCUGAUUUGGCGCGACAUGUUCACGUUCUUUUUCCAGCACUUCACGAGGUACCCCUUCAACCUGGCGUCGGGGCAGCCAAUCAAGGUGGCGCCGAUGAGGCUCUUUGGCAGCAUCGAGCAGUUCGACAGCAACGUUGAGAGGGACGUGCUGCUCUGGGGCACCGGCGAGACGCUCUCGCCUCGGGCGCGGAUGCUUUUCAGCAAGUACGCCGAGAAGAUCACCCACCUCGCCCGCAUGUACCAACCCUACGGCUUCUAUGGUUGCAGGUUGAUCUGCAUUGGAGAAACCAUGCAUGUAUAAGUCCGUGCUCAAUGGCCUAGACAAACUAAUAAUGGAGGC